UCCUGCAGCCAGCCGGAUUUGGGGCCGGGCCCCCGACCCCGAUGCGCUCCGGGACCUGGGCAAGGAACCGGCCGACCACCUGGUGGUAAUGCUGUGGAUGCCCUUCCUACCCUUGAUGUCACUUCGCUUUUACAGCCAGUCGACUAGUACGGUGCUGCUCAGAUUGCCAGCACAGAUAAUCAACAUAAUGGAGAAUCGUCAAAACUGAUUUGAACAGAGAAGGGCCCUUCCCCCAGAUGAAUGGAAGAAGAGCUUCCAGUUAAAGAAAAGCUGAACGGUGCCGAGGACGUCAUGACGCCAGUAAAGGAAACCUGCCUUAUUGUGUGGCUGGUCACAAGUCUGGGAGUUUGGGAGUUGAUACAACCGACAGCAGCAGGGGAUCCUCAGUGUCAGAGAGCAGAGCAUCCAGUUAUCACCUACAAAGAAAUAGCCCCCUGGUUACAUGAGUUCAGAAUGAAGAAUGCUGUGGAUUUUUCUCAGCUAACAUUUGAUCCGGGACAGAAAGAACUCGUUGUAGGAGCAAGAAAUUACCUCUUCAGGUUACAGCUUGAGGAUCUUUCUCUUAUCCAGGCUGUGGAGUGGCAGUGUGAUGACGCCACUAAAAGAGCCUGCUACAGUAAAGGGAAAUCUCAGGAGGAGUGUCAGAACUACAUCCGAGUACUCCUUGUGAGUGGUGACCGGCUGUUUACCUGUGGCACCAACGCCUUCACACCUAUUUGCACCAAUCGCACGCUAAGCAACUUGACUGAGAUCCACGAUCAGAUCAGUGGCAUGGCCCGUUGCCCUUACAGUCCUCAGCACAAUUCCACUGCCCUCCUUACAUCCAGCGGGGAGCUGUAUGCCGCUACAGCCAUGGACUUCCCAGGAAGGGAUCCUGCCAUUUACCGGAGUCUCGGGGUCCUCCCUCCACUGCGCACUGCACAAUACAACUCCAAAUGGCUCAAUGAGCCAAAUUUUGUGUCAUCCUAUGACAUUGGGAACUUCACUUACUUUUUCUUCCGAGAAAAUGCGGUAGAGCAUGAUUGUGGAAAAACAGUUUUCUCCAGAGCCGCCCGUGUCUGUAAGAACGACAUUGGAGGUCGAUUUUUGCUGGAAGACACCUGGACCACUUUCAUGAAGGCUCGGCUGAAUUGCUCCCGACCUGGAGAAAUUCCCUUCUACUACAAUGAACUGCAAAGCACCUUCUUUCUACCAGAACUGGGUCUGAUCUAUGGGAUCUUCACUACCAAUGUGAACAGCAUAGCUGCCUCUGCUGUUUGUGUUUUCAAUCUGAGUGCUAUCACCCAAACUUUCAAUGGACCAUUCAAGUACCAGGAGAACUCUCGCUCAGCCUGGCUGCCUUAUCCAAAUCCCAACCCCAAUUUCCAGUGUGGAACAAUGGACCAGGGCUUGUAUGUGAAUUUGACUGAAAGGAAUCUUCAGGAUGCUCAGAAAUUUAUUCUGAUGCAUGAAGUGGUCCAGCCAGUUAUUCCAGUUCCUUACUUUAUGGAAGACAACAGUCGGUUUUCCCAUGUGGCAGUGGACGUGGUCCAGGGAAAAGACAUGCUUUUCCAUCUCAUCUAUCUGGCUACAGACUACGGCACCAUCAAGAAAGUGCUCGCCCCUAUGAAUCAGACUUCCAGCAGCUGCUUGCUUGAGGAAAUUGAACUCUUCCCCAAGAGGCAGAGGGAGCCCAUCAGAAGUCUGCAGAUUUUACACAGUCAAAGCGUUCUGUUUGUUGGCCUGAGGGAGCAUGUGGUCAAGAUUCCCCUGAAGAGAUGUCUGUUUCACAAAACCCGCAGCGCUUGUAUCGGAGCCCAGGAUCCUUACUGUGGCUGGGAUGUGGUGAUGAAGAAAUGCACGACCUUGGAAGAGAGUCUAAGCAUGAGUCAGUGGGAACAGAGCAUUUCCGUUUGUCCAACAAGGAAUUUAACUGUGGAUGGGAACUUUGGAGAAUGGUCUUCAUGGAUUCCUUGCAGCCACACAGAUGGUAGCAUCAUGGGUUCUUGCCUCUGUAGAACUCGCUCCUGUGACAAUCCCCUCCCUCAGUGUGGAGGCUGGCAGUGUGAGGGACCAAGCAUGGAAAUCAUCAACUGCUCCAGAAAUGGAGGCUGGACACCCUGGACUUCUUGGUCACCCUGCAGUACCACCUGUGGAAUUGGUUUUCAAGUGCGCCAGCGGUCCUGUAGCAAUCCCACUCCUCGCCAUGGAGGCCGGGUGUGUGUAGGGCAGAACCGGGAGGAAAGAUACUGUAACGAGCAUUUGCUGUGCCCCCCUCAUAUGUUUUGGACGGGCUGGGGCCCGUGGGAACGUUGCACCGCGCAGUGUGGGGGCGGGAUUCAAGCUCGCCGCAGGACUUGUGAGAACGGCCCCGACUGCCCUGGCUGUAAUGUGGAGUAUCAACCAUGCAACAGUAACUCGUGUCCAGAGCUGAAAAAGACCACUCCCUGGACGCCCUGGACUCCUGUCAACAUCUCAGACAACGGAGGCCACUACGAACAGCGCUUCCGCUACACUUGCAAGGCCCGGCUUCCUGAUCCUAAUUUGCUGGAGGUCGGAAGGCAAAGAAUAGAAAUGCGUUACUGUUCCAGCGAUGGCACUAGUGGCUGUUCAACAGAUGGGCUUUCUGGGGACUUGAUGCGAUCUGGCAGAUAUUCCGCCCACACCAUCAAUGGGGCCUGGUCAGCAUGGACUCCCUGGUCCCAAUGCAGCCGGGACUGCAGCAGGGGAAUCCGGAAUCGCAAACGGGUCUGCAACAAUCCCGAGCCCAAGUAUGGGGGGCUUCCUUGUUUGGGCUCCUCUCUGGAAUACCAGGAAUGCAACAUCUUGCCCUGCCCAGUUGAUGGAGGCUGGUCUUGCUGGUCAUCCUGGUCCAAGUGCUCUGCAACCUGUGGUGGGGGCCAUUAUAUGAGGACUCGGUCGUGCACAAAUCCGGCCCCGGCGUACGGGGGAGAUAUCUGCCUGGGACUACACACCGAAGAGGCCCUCUGCAACACACAAUCUUGCCCAGAUAACUGGUCCGACUGGUCUGACUGGUCUGAGUGUGAUUCAUCAGGCGUUCAGGUCCGCGUGCGCCAGUGUAUCAUUUUGUUUCCCGUCGGCAGCCAGUGCUCUGGAAAUACCACUGAAAGCAGGACGUGUGCUGUGGAUUCAAACUUCAUUCCAGAAGUAUCUGUCGCACGAUCCAGUAGUGUAGAAGAGAAAAGAUGCGGUGAGUUCAACAUGUUCCAUAUGAUCGCCGUAGGAUUAAGCAGCUCCAUUCUCGGUUGUCUUCUUACACUGCUCAUCUACACCUACUGCCAACGUUAUCAGCAGCAAUCCCAUGAUGCGACCGUUAUCCAUCCAGUGUCACCAGCUCCUCUUAAUACCAGCAUCACUAACCACAUCAACAAACUGGACAAAUAUGACUCUGUAGAAGCCAUUAAGGCAUUUAACAAAAACAACUUGAUCCUAGAGGAACGAAACAAAUACUUCAAUCCGCAUCACACUGCAAAGACCUAUUCUAACGCCUAUUUUACAGAUCUCAAUAAUUAUGAUGAGUACUAAUGGCUCUUAUAUUUUUUGGUCUCUUGUAAUUCCCCAGUCCCCCCCGGCCUGUGCUACAUGACUGCCCAUGUGUUUGCGGCUUCAGAGGUGAAGUUUGGAGACAUUUCAAGCACACUCCAAGCAAUUCAGUGUCCCAUUGCUGCCAAAAACAUCCCCCACCACCACCACAACAAAAGCAAAAAAAACUAUGACAUCGUGAUAGCUUGACUGACCUCCAGCACCUGAUCACAAUUGAGCGAGCUGGCUGUCACUCAGAAGUUCAUAUUUGGGGGAUCAAAAUUCUCUAAUACGACUUUUCUUGAGCUCUUUCUGUAACAUGCUCUGCCCUUCUUGAAGAGCGCAUCGGGAAUGUGACCAUCAGCUGGGGGUAAAACCUUGCAAGAGAUUUUGGGAGGGCUAAAAUGAGCACAAAACAGUGAGAUCCUCUGAGGUGCCACCACCUGGGAACAAGAGGAGGAGAAAUUUAGCUGUCCAGAUGUUCUUCAAUGGCCCCAUUCUCGAAACCCAUUGAUGUUCUGUCUGGAAUUCUUGAGAAUAACCCUCCUUUGUGGGAGACUGUUGCCCUGAAUUUAACCUGAUCAAAUCAAGGAACUCAAGCUCUUUUGAACAUCCAUAGAGAAUAUGGGGUAAACCCGUGAGUCAGUUCGACAGAUGGAGUUUUCGUCUUGUUACAUUUGUUAUUUGCUUGUCUUAGGGGGAGGCUGGAGGAAAAGAGGUUACAGUGAAAGUUGUCUGCAUGUGGUUAGUAAACUAGCAUCAUUGUAGCAUCCGGGACUGCAUGACUCACAGCAUUCCAAAAACCUCCCCUCCUGGGCAUUUGCCAACGGAACCAAUGGUGUGGGAAUAGACUCACCAGCCUCCUCCCCCUGGCUUCUUUCGGGAACAUACGGACACACGCAGAACUGCUCUUCUGUGUACACCACUUUGUUUACCGGGGCCUGUUGAAAAUAUGCAGAAAGUCCAGAUGUGCUAUGAAAAGCAACUUUUUUAUCUUCCUGACAUAUCUGAUAUAUGGUAAUCAACCCCUACCCGGAGCAUUAAUGAUGUUGUUUAAAGGAGGCUUCCUGUUGGGCCUGCUUGCUGUAAAUAUUUAAAUUCCAGCAGAGAUGUAAGCUAUCACAUUCUGCCUGCUUAAGUUCAGGUGAGAGACCGGGAUACCCUAGUCUUGAUUUUCUGUGCUAUUGCUUGCCACGUUGCUUUCCCAGACCUCCUCAUCAUUCAGUCGAUAUUGUGGGAACAGAAGAUCAAGGUGCGUCACUGAGCAAGGAACAGCCUUUAAAUAGCACCGUGGUUCUCAAAGAUCAAGGAAAUGAACGUUUUACAAGAGACAUCAGGGCUUUCCACAAAGACUCCCCAGCCAUUAAGGAACAAGAUAAAUGCUACCUAUCUUCUUAAAACAAAGGCUGGUAGCAAACACAGGUGGAUGACCAUCAGGAACCCUAAGAAAAUCAGAGAAGAUACUGCCUUUCUGCUAAGAGUCAGGUAAAUGAAGGCAACAACGCAAACAUCAAAAUAAGUGACCAACAGAGAGAUCAGUUACUAUGUGGUCCGUAGCUCUCUCUCCCUGGGAGAUUAAAGUAGAUUGUUUAGAAUGAUCAUGGAAGUAAUUUCAUUGUACUUAACAUGUACCAGAUACUAUUUUGGAAUUGAAAAAGGGUCUCAUGCAUCUAUUCUUUGAACUACUUUGCAGAAAGAGCUUAAAAGGCAGCUGGGGGCUGGAAAGCCUAAGAGUCCAAGUGAAGUACCUUCAGGGAGGUCCUCAAUACUGAGUUCAUUUUGUAUCUCAUGCAUUUUUUGUGUGAAGUAUAGGAUUGGCUGUGUGUAUGUGCAUUGCACAGAUUUAUGUUCAGUGAAAGCAAUGUAGUAAGAGUGGCAUUCUAAUUGCUUCCCCUGGAUUAUUGAUAGUGUUCAUUUUCAGUGGAAGCCUCCAUCAUUAAGACAAUGUGGUAUCACCCACUCUAACAGCGCAAUUACCGUGUUCUAACAAUUAUUCAAUGAAAAUGUGUUUCCCUUAGGGGAGAGGAAAGUAUGAAUCAGGAAAGGUACAACAGACGUUUUGAAUGUUUGCCUAGCUGGUAUUAUAAUCAGUGCUCCACUCUUCCUGGAAAAGAACCAAAUUCCUUAUUUCAGUAAUGAAAAAUCCAUAACCACUUACAAAGCCCUGUUUCUACCUGUCACUGUACUCCAACCAGCAUUGGUCUAGCUUCUGUAAUUGGAAAAAAAAAAAGUCUAUCAGUUGUUAGUUUAGAAUGAAACACGUAUGUUUUCAUCGUAUAUGAAAUAGCAUUUUACUUCUCGGUAAUUUCAUAGGCAUUACAUUUGAGUGUGUAUAUAUUUUUUACCUUUCAUGUGCCUCUGUACAUAUAAGCCUACCCAUUGUAUACCCACAAAGUGUCUGAAUAACAUAUGCAAAGCCCUUACUUUCUUUGCAUUUCCAUUAACCUAUUGUUUUCUCCCCAAAUAAGCAGAGUUAGAGUUAUUUCUAUAUGUCAUUCAACCCAAAUAUUUUAAUCCCAGGGAUAGAUCAGAUAUCAAGUGUUAACACUGAAGGGCUGUUUAUUUUUAUUAUUUACUCUGACAACCUUAUUUUAUUCUUUCCUAGAAAAUCUUACUUUGAGGUUUUGAGUAUAUUCAGCUGGCCAAAAUGUCCUUUAGUAUCUAACUGUACACAGUGUGUCGUGCCAAUUUAUGGAGUAAAGAGACAGCAGAUUUCUAACCUGCAGCAUCUCUUUUCCCUAAACAGCGCCAAUGACAAUUCAUAUGGAAAGUUUUUGAGUCCUUGAUGAAAUAAAGGCUAUGCAUCUACAUACACAUGCACAUCUGCCAAUGCAUCAUGCAGAAUUAUUUUUAUUAUAUUUGGUCACAUGACUGGCAUGAGGAUUAUUUUGAAAGCAUAACCUCUCUGAGAAGUUGAAUGCUACCACCUAAAUCUGACUGGGAAAUAGGUGUUGGCAUUGUCUCUGCCCUCCGACACCCUUGUAGGAGAAGAGGAAGUUUCCAUGAACAGUAACAAGUGCUUUCAAGAACUAGACUCAUGGAGUGCCUGAAGCAAGUGGAUUGAGCUGAAAUAAAAUCCCAAGAGGAACUAUUUUUCUAAAUAAAUGUAUCUUUUUCAUAACACCAGUGUAAUAAACACAAGUAGUGAUAAAGGCAAAAGGAGCCCAUCUUUACAUAUGUUUUAGGGUGGAGCUAUGGAUCCUUGGAUCCAUGAGCAGCAAAACUAUUAUAGAAUAUGUCAGGAUGAGGUCAUCUUUGAACUGUUAGAAUAGUGAAAUGAAAUCAUUAAAACUUUUUGCCAACUGAAUGGUCAUAGUGGGAGUUAAGCAUAUAUAAGUGGACAUCUUAGACCAACAGCUGCAGCCUAUUAAAGCCAGAAGUCAAGAAUGGGUUCCUAGUUAGGGUCCUGGUUUUCAAAUGAUCAAAGAGAUAUAUUCUGCACUGUCACUGAGGCCCAGAAUGGAGUAAUAUUAAAAUUUGGAUUUUUAAAUGAAGUAAAAUGGACUCUUGGUACAUAUUUCUUUUUAACCAAACAUCAUUUAUUCAUAUUUUGAUAAAUAUUUAAUUUGGGGUAGAUUUACUUUAGGGUAAUCCAAAAAAAUAUUUCUUACUCCAUAAAUCAGUGUUAGAAAAUUCCUUCAAGUCCCUCAACCAGCUCACCUUCCCCAUGAUCUGGAUGCUGUAGCUCCCAGCACGUUCUUCGUCCCUAGGUAUUCUUACACUUCAUUUUGUUGUUCCUCUACCACUACCUGUAUCUGAAUGCAGCUUUUCUUCCUUGCACUCUUGUUUGUAAAUAAAAUGCCAUAUAAUUUACCUUCCAUACAAAUCCCCUAGGGCAGAUUGUUAACAGCUGGGAAAGAAUAGUGAAUUGAACUGAAAGGUUUAAAUUCUAAAGGCAGAAAUUCAGCCUGCUAGUUUGAAUUCUCCAUGAACAGUAAAGAGAUGAUCGAGGAUGAAAGGAGAAUUGGUUAUUUGGGAAAUUAUGGAUUUAACACAUACAUAAAUCCUUUGUCACAAAUUGCUACUAAAGACAGCUUCACAUUCAGUACCUGCAUUAGAGUCAAAUGAAGAAGUGCCAACUGCUGUUAAAACAAAUGAAAAAGUAUGGGAAGGGAAGUAAAUAUUAUUUGAGGGGAAAAGCACAAUAGAAUCGAAAGCAAUUAUAUAUCAAUGUAUAGAGAAAGAUAUUUGAAAUCUAAGUAGUGCCCAUCUUUUUUCCAAAUGAUGUCUACGAGAUCAUUAAGGUUAAAAUGGAAUCCACAGAUCAAUUAGAAAGAACUGCAUUGCACCAUGACUAAGACAACAAAUCAUAGAUGCUAUUCAACCUGGAAUGAUUAAUUUUGGGUGCCCAUCUGCUUUUCACCACACUGAAAUAAGAGAACAGAAACAUCACUCCACAUCAUCGCUAUUAUCCUUAUUAUCUAAUUUCCAAGAAGAAAAUCCAAAAAAAUUGUUUCUGAUUCUUAGGGACCUUAAUAAAACAGAUCAAAAAUGUCUACCUUGGUGAAUGAUUGAUGUCUAAAAUUAGUAUCUAGCAAAAUUUUCCAAGCAGCUCUUAUGAUCAUUUUGGGUCAAUCACUGAAAAUGAUACAAUUCAGUAUCAUUUGGAGUUCACAUCAAUAUCUCAAGUUCAAGGAGCUGUGUUUUGUCUUUUUAAGUCAUGCUACUUGCAGUUUUGUUUCCGACAUAACAAAGGGAAAGUGGAAAUUGAGUACUUACCUAUCACUGAUGUUAGAAGUUGGUUAUUUUUUCGAGACCAAAAAAGGUGUAAGCCAAGCUUGAAGAUUAAUUUUACUUUUCUGCCCCUGGCCAGAAAGAAGCAGUUGAAUGCUCAUAAGCCAGUAAUAAGUUCCACAGCAAUAUAGAACCUUUUGUGACAUCUUCCUAAAAUUUACACCAAAGUCAGACUAAGAUGCAGAAAUUACAGGAAAUCCUGAUCUAGCCAGUCUAAACAAUAUCACUUUACAACUCCUUUCAAGGAAAAAACACUUUGGGUAAGUACUUUUAAGCACAUACUAGCCAUAUACACUUAAAAGUAUAUACCCAAAGUGUUUAUAUUUGUUUCCUUGAAAAAGAAGUUACUGGUGCCUUGUAGAAGGCCAUUGUUUGAUUACUUCACCCAUAAAUUAUCCUAAUAAGAAACAGAUUGAUUGGGAAUAUUUUUUUUAAACUGCAUUCAUCCAUGUAGUCUUUUCACUGAUAGAAAUGACAAACAUAGAUCAUCAUUUAUCAUCUUGCUAAAGCAUUUGCAGGAUGUCGGACCCUGGACUUGGGGCUUCUGGGUUAAAGGUAUGCAGGCUAAACAUGAUCCUUCCUUUCAAGGAACCAGUAAUGCUGCUUGAAGGUGGGAACUGUGCCUUGUCCUUCAGUUAGGCAAUAUUAAGUACAGAAGGUCCUGAAUUAACACUGCAUCUUUUUUGCUUAAUUCCGUCACGUGUACAAAACGCUCAGUAGUGUAAAUAGUGUCACAGAAAUACAGUUAAGGUUCCAGAAUCUUUUCUAAAUUCUCAUAACAGUCCCACAGUCUGCACAACAUAUGCAUGCAAUAGUGCUGUUGAUUUGGGCAGAGUUAUAAAAAAGGAAAAAAAUUACUUGCCAGGUUGGUGGCAGAUGGCCUGUGUGUGGUGGAUGGCAGAAUGAGGAAUGAUUUUGAAGAUUAAACGCAAUUCAGGAAAUUCCACGAAGGUUUCUGUGAAAAGUGCAUCAUAAGCACCUGUGACAAAGACAUCCUAGGAACAAUCUGUUCCUCUCAUUAGAAUUUAAGGGAUUCUGAUGGACUGUGAUUAAUAAUUAAAAUCACCUAAUUGUGUAUGUGUGCCUUAUGCUUCUAAAAUGAUCAUCUGUAUAUUGUAUGUUCUGCUGUGAAAAUAUUUACACUAGGCCAAUCCAAAAUUCUUUAAAGAGCUAAAAGAAAGUACUAUGCUCAUUAAAUCUAUAAUAUGACCAGAUGCUUCUUAAGAUGUUAAUGUAAGUGUAAAAGGCUCAUACUAGGUGUCCAAAUGCUCAGUAUCUCAUGUAUUUGAUUAAAGAAUAAAAAACUGAUUUAGAGAUUAUUUCUUUUAUAUACCUCUCCCAGAUACCCUCAUGUUGGUAUUACUGGCAUGACGUUACAACUGCCCCCAAACCACAUUCUACAAUGAAAAGUUUUAAAACUCCAGUGAUAUGGGAUUGUAUUUUUUAAAAUAUAGAAUUGUUCUCCCAUUUUGAAAAAGUGCACUUCAGUUGAGGUGUGCAGGAUCGACAGGGUCAUUCCUCACUGUGGACUCUAAAACAUUCCGCUUUCAGUCUAGAUAAUAUACUCCUUAUUUGCCAGGGGAAAUAUCAUGCACACACCCACACUAAAAUCUUCUUGCCUGACACUUCCAUUAGAUUUUACUUUUGUCCUUGCCGUUUAUCAUUUUAAAAUGUCCAGCUGGCAAAAGCUGCAACUUAAGUUUCCUAAUGAAACUCGAAAGUGAAGUAGUUUUUCAGAAGGCCAACUGAACAUGUUGAGUGUUAAUAUGAAUCCCCUCCAAAACCUCCAAAUCCAUUGGCAACUCAGGCAUUGCUUGUUGCUGGGAGCUUCUCAUCACCACGCAAAGAGACAAGGUGUCAGCGGCCAAUUAAUGCACAGGAUCUAACAUUCUGCUGGCUUCAAUUUCAAAACUAUCUAAAUACCUGAAGGUAGUCAUUGCCGAUGAUUUACAGAAUGGGUUUGCUCCUAUGAAAUUCCUAAAUUCAUUUGCCAUCAUGGAUCAGGCGAACUGACACAUGGUAUCUGUGAGGAAACCUGAAAGUAGGCCUGCAUUUUCUCCUCCCAUCAAAACCUUCUCUGACCCCACCCCACCCACUGAACCACAUCUGCCCCGUAUUUUCAGUAGAAAAAGUCCUGAUCAUGUACAGAAUAAAUUGUAUUAUAUUUUUUGUACUUAUGCUUUGUGUAAAUAGUUGGUCUCAUUCUAUUGUAUGUGAGCACUGAAAAUAAAUCCAAACCCUUUAGGAAA